AUGGAGAGUCAGGAAUCAUCACUGGUGGAGUCAUCCAUUCAGGGCCUGCUGAGUGAUAUGGACACCACAGAAGAUAAGGAUGGGGAGGCUAUAGAGAUGGAGGAGUUACAGCACAGGCAGGAGAACAGGACCUAUGACGGCAUCACUACAGGUUAUGUCCUCCUGGCUUCUGUGAUGGCAGCAUUGGGAGGAGUGUUGUUUGGAUAUGACAUAGGGAUUGUAUCAGGUGCCCUCCUGCAGCUCCGGGAAGAACUGCAGCUGGGCUGUUUCCAGCAGGAGAUGGUGGUCAGCUCCAUGCUCAUGGGCGCUGUGAUUGGCUCACUCACUGGGGGGUUUAUAGUGGACAGAUUUGGCCGGAGGUCGGCCAUCAUUGUGAAUGCUGGUGUGUUUGUGUGUGGAGCCAUGACCCUGGCUCUGGCACAGUCUUAUGCAGUACUGGUGACAGGGAGGCUAGUUGUAGGGUUUGCAGUCUCCCUGUCUGCCAUAGCAGAGUGUAUCUACAUCUCUGAGAUUGCUCCUUCGAGUAAACGUGGUAUGCUGGUGUCCUUAAAUGAACUGGGCAUCACCCUGGGUAUCCUCGUGGCAUAUCUGGUCAACUUUCUCUUCAUCAGUGUUCCAAAUGGAUGGAGGUGGAUGUUCGGUCUGUCCUCCCUGCCUGCCAUAGCCCAGGGACUGGGGAUGGUGUUCCUGCCUCCCAGCCCGAGGUACCUCAUCAUCAACAGGCAGGAGGAGAAGGCUCAGCAGGUUCUGAGGCAGCUAAGAGGCAGCAGUGUGGAUGUGGAGCUGAACAACAUCAAAAACUCCCUACAGACGGAACAGAAAUUUGGUGUGUUUGACCUGUUCAGGACUGCAGGCAACAUGAGGGGGAGGAUGGUGAUUGGAACAGGAAUUGUCUUCUUUCAACAGUUCACAGGGCAGCCCAAUGUGCUGUACUAUGCACCCACUAUCUUCCAGCUGGUUGGCUUCCAGAGUAACACAGCAGCCACCCUGGCAACUGUUGGACUCGGUAUUGUGAAGGUCCUGUCCACCAUUGUGUCCCUCUGCCUGGUGGACAGAUUUGGGCGUCGCAAGUUCCUCCUGGCCGGUGCGACUGUCAUGGCGGUGAGCAUUCUCAUCCUGGGCGUCAUCACACACUCCUUCCCAGCCAGCGAGUUCAAAAGGCCAUGCGAGAGCGGAAACGACACCUUACCAGGAUCCACACACACCAGGGACGUUAUCUUUCCAGCGACCUUGUUUGAACCCACGUUAAGAUACGGAAAUACAGUCACGUCUCCAGUAACUGUUCGAGGAAUUCGUCAGAAGAGCAAGAAAAACUUCAUCUGGACCUCAGGUGUGGACUUGAUGAGUGGAUCAGGAGCUCAGCUUAUAAGGAGAGUUUUGCGGAAGCAUCCAAACGCAGUUUCGAGUGUAGAGUUUGUCGGUAAUGAGACAGAAGAUGGGACAGAGUUGGAGGUGAUGGUACCAGACAGUGCCAAGGGGAUAUCACUGCUCACACUGAUGGUGUUUGUGGCUGCGUAUGCCUUUGGCUUCGGCCCAGUAUCGUGGCUGGUGCUGAGCGAGAUUUUCCCCGUGAAUGUCAAAGGUCGUGCUGUGGCCCUCACUACGGUGCUGAACUGGGGAACUAACCUGGUCAUCUCCCUGUCUUUCUUAAACCUCGUGGAGUCUGUGGGUAUAUCUGUGGUGUGCCAGGGGUAUGCAGUGAUGGGCGUGAUUGCUGCUGUCUUCAUCCUACUGGUGGUUCCUGAGACCAAGAACAGGACUCUUGAGCAGAUCUCUCACGACCUGGAAACUCGUUCUGUCUGCGGGCGGUUGAACCAGUGGCUCGCCUGUUGUCGGGGAGGCCUCAGCAGAAGGCGGCACGCGUCUGUCCGGAUAGAAGACUCUGUCUACAGUCCCAUCCACAGGGAGCCCAUGCACCUCUAACUCCAUCCACAGGGAACACAUGCACCUCUAA